CAAAAUCUGUUGUUGCUCAAUCGCCAAGAGAUGUUGGACAAGCUUGAGGUGACGUACAAAACUACGGAUCAAGUGCGUGAAGCAAAGAUCGAUUUUCUCACCCAAGAGUACGAGAUGUUCCGAAUGAAGGAAGGUGAGAAGAUCGAUGACAUGUUUGGUCGUUUCUCAAAGAUCAUCAACGAUCUUCAUGCUCUGAAGAAAAGCUACUCCAACAAGGAUCUAGUGAGGAAGAUCCUGCGAAGCUUGACUCCCGAAUGGCGCUCAAAGGCUGAUGCCAUUUACGAGUCAAUCGGCGUCUCCAAUGUCACCAUCGAUGGGUUAAGAGCCCACGGCUCCCUUCUUAUUCUGAUUCUCAUCGCCGGCGAUAACUUCACCUUCUCCGAUUCGAUCUUCGCCGGGCGCCUUGUCGAUUUGUGUGCAGCAGUUGAAGUAGCCGAACCUCGGCGUGGUCUCCGGAGAGAAGCCGUCGGAGAAUUUUGUGUCAAAGGUGAAGGAGCUGGCAGAGUCGUCACCGUAGGUGCGGGCUACGGAGUGGAGCGGGGUGAGGGGACAGCUCUUCCGCCGUUUCGGGUGGCGAAUCGAGUCGUGGGGAUCCUCUUUGUCCGACGGUGGUCCCAAAUCGGCGGCGGCUGGUGUUCUGGGGCGGUCCAUUGUUUAUUUUUUACCGAGUAAAAAAAAAGGAAAUAAGGAAAUGGAUUUGGA